ACCCUUCCCUAGCUACUCCUUCCUCCCCCUCCUUCCUUCCUUAUUUCUGUUUCCUCUUCUCGUUGCAUGUUUCUUGUCAAUGGCAAGUGGACUCAAGGCAUGGAGGAUAUUGCUGUCUAUUGUGGUGGGGGUAUCAAACUGGCAACAGUGGGCUUGUGGAUCAUUACCUCAAGUUCCUUGUCUCUUCAUCCUUGGAGACUCAGUGUUUGAUAAUGGGAACAAUCUGGACCUUGAAACAGAUGUGACAGUUGAUUAUCUACCUUACGGUGUAGACUUUCCAUAUGGGUCUACAGGAAGGUGUAGCAAUGGCGUCAACGUAGCGGACGCGAUUGCUGACCUAUUGGGCUUUGAAAAUUACAUUCCACCCUUCGGUAAGGGAAAUUGCAGGGAGUUUAUGAAUGGUGUAAAUUAUGCAUCUGGUGGAAGUGGCAUUCUGAAUAUGACUGGAUAUCUUUUGGGACAACGAUACACCAUGGAUCUUCAGUUAUUUAACCACAAGAUUAUAGCAUCACGGAUUGCCAAAGAACUGGGGGGUGCAGAUGUUGCAAAGAAGUACCUUGGCCAAUGCAUAUAUGCUGUCGAAACGGGUUACAAUGACUAUCUCAACAACUAUUAUGGCGAAGGCUACAAUAGCAGCAAGAUCUACACUCCUGAACAAUUUGCACAGCUUCUUAUUCAAACUUAUGAAAUUCAACUAGAGAGAUUGUACAACGAAGGAGCAAGAAAGGUAGCCGUGUUUGGACUUAUUCGGAUGGGCUGUAUGCCAGCAUACAAACAAAUAUAUGGCGCUAAUGAAUCUUCAUGUGUAGACAAACUCAACCAUGCUGCUCAACUUUUCAACAACGAGCUUCAGAAAGCUCUCCCGAGGCUUAAUGCCAACCUUCCCGGCGCCAAAUUUACUUACAUAAACUCUUACGAAAUUGAUUCUGAAAAUUAUACAGAUUUAGGUUUCAAAUUUACCAAUAAGAGCUGUUGUGACGUUCCUACUGAUCAAAUACCAUGUGCGGCUCUUACUUAUCCAUGCCUCAACAGGGAUGAGCAUGUGUACUGGGACGGAGCCCACUAUACUGAAGCUAGAGCUAGGAUCUUUGCGAAAAGGGCAUAUAAACGUCAAUUUCCUGUUGAUGCAUGUCCAUAUCAUAUCAGUGAAUUAGCUAAGGUCUCAAAUGAUGAAGCCGGUGGUUGGAGCACGUGUGACAGUAAAAUAUUAUGAUGAAGACCGGUGAUUGAC